AAGAGCACCGCGCCGGACAUCAGCGGGAUGUACUCCCUGAAGGUCGACAACAUCGCGUACAGGGUCGACGUGGGGAGGGUCCGCGAGAUGUUCGCCGCGCACGGGGAGAUCGGAGACGUGUACAUGCCUCGCGAUCGCACCACUGGGAACAGCCGCGGGUUCGCGUUCGUGCGCUUCAUUGACAAGAACGAAGCAGAGGACGCGAUCAAGGCGAUGAACGAAAAAGAGAUCGAAGGCAGAGCCAUACGCGUCGCUUUCGCGGAGGAGCCGAGGGCGGCGAACCCGCGC